AUGGAUUCGGCAAACUCGCACGUGGAGACCAACUCGUUGGUUGGACCCUCCGUAUCCGAGUCCAUGGUGCUUGAGGCGCGUACCUUCUGCGUGGUUUGCGGCCAUUUUGGCUCCGAUUUUGUACUGCGCAAAUCUGGUCUCAAGUGCAGCGGCUGUGUGGGGAAGACGGCAAAAAAGUCGUGGUCACGACUGCAGCAACGUCAGGCGAACGAGUUGCUCUCACAGGCGACCACGCGGGCCCGGAUGGGCAGUACAUCUUCCGUGGUAAGUGGGUUAGGGGAGCCUUUUCAUUGGACAAACUUUAGUGCGAUGGACAGUGAGGAGGCGGACUCGGUACCGCCUGAACAAUUUAGGAAUAAUGGCAGCAGUUUUGAUGUGCCAAUGUCUUCUUUGCCUCAUCCACCGCGCGGGAGGCCUUUGACACCACGGGUGGAGGGGGCAAAGGCCACGUCCAGUCCCUCUCGACAACCACACAUUAUGGACUAUAUUUCGAAUACAGCAUGCUAUCAAGCUGCUGCUGCUGGGAUUAGUGUGAAGGAUGCAAUGUGUCUUGUCAGCAACCCCACCGAUUCCUCAACACUGGGGACGAAUGAAGAUAGUUACGUGAGCGCCACGAAUAAUUCACUCCUCGCUUCCGCGGCGGCAAGUGCACCACGUCGUAAGGCGCCUGCUGUACCGCCGCGAGCCAAAGUCAAGAAGCCAGGCCCGCCGUCGACGGAAGAAGUAGGGGAAAGCGGCGUCACGGAGGUGCAAGAGACAAAGGGAGACGGCGAACAAAAGGUAACAACUUUGCAUGUGGGGAAACUUGACCCUGCUGCAGCCCCUAUUCCUCUUCCUUCUCCUGCGAAAAAAGAAUGCGAGGGGCCCAGUUCAAGAGAGAAACGGGUUAAGGCUCGCGAGACGGUCGUGGUGGAUGCGUCAUACGCUGCUGAAUCUUCUAGUGCUGAAGGAAAUGGAGCAGGGAGUGAUGAGAAGUAUGCAAACGCAGUGGGGCCAAUAGCGUUGCCCCCAUUACUACAGUCCGAUUCUUGUUACGUACCACCCAAGACACCCCGUGCGGAUGAUUUUAUAAUUUUAGCGGAUGCAUCCUCAGAUACCAUGGCCAAUGAUGAAACAUAUGAAUUGCAAAGGAGCGCCGCUCCUUUGCAUACCGGUAGUAAUGAUGGAAAGCUGAAGGUUUCUACAUCAUCGCAAAGUUUUCGUACUACAUCUUCAAUGGCGCGUAAGGAGGCGGUAAAGACGAAGACCACACAAAGUUCUGCGGCUCAACCAGCUAGUGCACCUCCUCCCAAUUCUGUACAAUCUUCGACGGAUGGGACAAGGUCCCCGGCCAUGCAUGCUUCUGCAUCGUCAAAGAAUGGUGGUGACGUCCCUAGGGGAUGUCCUGCGCGGAAGGGGUCGAGUUUAACAUCGACACCAGGAAACAGCAAAACAAAAGCGCAAAGAAUACAAGGUCAAAAACAAGAACAAGGGUUACAAGUGCAGCAGCCCCCAACUUCUCAUGUAGAUCCCACGUCUAGAAACUUUGGAAGGUGUGAAAUAACAACAUGUGAUACUUUGCGGACCUUUUCCCUCUCUUCCUCUUCCUCUUCCUCAUCGUCUCUCUCGUCCUUGGAACGGGGAUCAUCCAGGGUGGGUGCAUCAUCGCAGGAAAAAGAGUUGCCUGCAGAGGUGACGUCACAGCGUCGGCCUUCCCUGGAUAACGCGUCGGGUUUAGCGACUUUACACGUGAAUAUUGAUCGGUUAUAUAUUAAAGUGGAAGAACCACAGUAUGCAUCACCGGAUGAAUCGCUUCUGAGCCCAGCAACACAAUGUUUUUCUUCAUCUUUUUCUACAAGUACAGUGAACCAAACUGCUGUUCCUGUUCCUUCUGUUCCAGGGAGUAAUUUUACUGUCACACGACACUUUUCUUCAUCGAAUCAGCGUCAGGAGGAGAAUGCCGCUUCUUUAAUGACGUCUCGGGUUUGUCUGGAUCAAAAUUCUGGCUUGGCCACAGAAGGAGGCGAGGGUACAUCGCAACGAACAUCUGGACGUCGACGAGGUUCGGCUUCCGCCGAUAGAGUAGAGGCAAGAAAAAUUGCUUUUAUUCUUUGUUUGCGUGAUCGUGAUAGUAGGGAAGAGUUUUACUCCGUCAGGUGCCGUUACUUUUCGGAUUUGGUGCCUCUGUUUCAGGAACUGAAGUCUCUGAUGCAUACACUCCCGCAAAUUUCAGUUCUUCGCAUACCGAGUGUACGUUAUGUCCCAGAGAGUUACGUUGCGGAGCGUCGGGCAGAAUGUCAGACUUUUCUGGACGCAGUGGUACAAAAUCAUUUUUUGGUUCGACACCCUAAAAUGGUGAGGCUUCUACGACUGGAACCGUACUUAAAUCAAAAUGCGUCUUCGGCUGGAACGAUUCAUGUGAGUGGUUCACUGUGUGGAGAGAGUGUUGCGCAUAAUGCAACCAAAAUAGGGCGCCGGAAUACAGUGACGCUAUUUACACAACUUAAUAAGGAUGCUUUGGAGCAGCUUCGUGCGAUGUCCUCUAAGAAUUUUCUGGGCCGUCAAAUGAGCACGUCGAGUUGCUUGUCCACCACUUCAUCCGUUGCCCGUCGUGGGGCGAUAGAUGCCAUUAUAAAGGAAGAUUUGGAAAAGGUGCAGCUGGGGAAUUUGAUUGGCCGCGGUACUUUUGGCGCCGUGUACUUGGGCCUAUUGCCUGGCCACUCCACUGUUGUUGCGGUGAAAAUUGUGAAGGUCAAUGAGAAUGUGGAUGAGGACUUUCUUCAUUCAAUGCGGAAGGAACUUGACGUUUUGCGUGCGGCUCGACACAACAAUAUCAUACGUUUUCUUGGAAGUACAUAUCUUGAGCGGGAGCGUGAAUUGCGUGUGUUUACUGAGUACGUGGAAUGCGGCAAUAUUUCCACCAUGGUGAAGAAAUUUGGUAGCCUGCCACUUGUGGUGAUACAAAAGUACAUGAUUCAAAUCUUACGUGGUCUUCAAUACUUGCAUAAUAUGGCCAUUGUGCAUCGGGAUAUAAAGGGUGAAAAUAUUCUGAUCACGAAGAAGGGCCGCUGCAAACUGGCGGACUUUGGAUGUAGUGGUACUCUUCAUGAAGUUGAGGGACGGGAGGAAAUGCAGGGCUCACCCCUAUGGAUGGCACCAGAGAUUAUUCACGGGGCACCCCCAGCAACAGCAGGUGACAUAUGGGCAUUGGGUUGUGUGGGUAUUGAGCUGUUGCAGCGCCCUAUUUGGAAUAUCGCGGGUGAUCUCAACCCGUAUAUAUUUCUUUACCGUAUUGGGAAAGUGAAUGGACCGCCCCAUGGCCUGCCGACGGAGGAGGAAGUUGAGCAGUUUGCGGGACGCGAGGAAACACGGGAGGAGUAUACAUGCUUCGGUCUCUAUCGCGACUUUCUUAGCAGCUGCCUUCGAAUGAAGCCAGAGGAACGGUGGAGCGCCGAUGAAUUGUUGAAGCAUCCAUUUUUGCAGAAAGCCUUCUCAAGGCAUCUGCGUUGGAUGCCUCCUAAAGUGGGCGAAGAGAAGUCCACGAGGGCCACGGCGUAG